GAUGGACGUUUUCAACUAGAUUUUUCUCAUGCUAAAUAUGUAAGUGCAUUAGCACAGGGUAAAGAGCUGGGAGACCGAACAUGUGCUAUCUAAGGUCCCAUACAUUACAUAUGAAAAAGAAAAGACAUUUCAUGUGCAAACGCUGACAAGUGCCGACCAUUAAAGAGUAUGUUGUUAAUGAUUACAGUUGGAGAGUUCAACAGCUCAUUAAGCAUUACUUCCCUGUCCUUCCCUCAAACUCACUAGUAAAACAAGAAGAAACCAACACCAUGGUUUCUGUUUCUGUUUACCUGCUCUAUUCUAUUGUUUUUAUAUCUCCAUUAGUUUCCUCAACUGCCGUACCAUUGUCACAUUCUUGGUCAUAUGAAACCCCAUCUCAAGAUCCCGUGCAAAAUCUAAACUAUCUAGUCACCACCUCCCUAGCUAGAGCUCGCCACCUGAAGAGUCCCCAUACAACUCCAGUGUUUUCACACAGCUAUGGAGGCUACUCCGUAUCCCUCAGCUUCGGAACUCCACCUCAAACUCUGCCUUUUGUCUUGGACACUGGCAGUAGCUUUGUCUGGUUUCCGUGCACCCUCCGCUACCGCUGCAAUAACUGUUCCUUCUCCUCGUCUAACUCACCUUUUAUCCCCAAGCAUUCCUCAUCUUCCAAGAUCAUCGGAUGCAACAAUCCCAAAUGCUCUUGGAUUCACCAAUCUGAUUUACAGUGUAAACACUGUGAUUCUGCUACCACUUGCUCCCAGAUCUGCCCACCUUAUCUUAUCCUCUACGGUUCAGGGACCACCGGAGGCAUUGCGCUAUCAGAGACUCUCCGUCUCCGAGGCCUAACGGUCCCAAACUUUGUUGUCGGUUGUUCCGUUUUCUCUUCCCGCCAACCCGCAGGGAUAGCCGGUUUUGGCCGCGGUCCUUCUUCUCUUCCCACGCAACUUGGUCUCACCAAGUUCUCUUACUGCUUAAUCUCUCAUAAAUUCGACGACACCACAGAGAGCAGCUCUCUGGUUCUGGAUUUGGAAUCCGAAUCUGAUAAGAAAACUCCCGCAUUCAAGUACACGCCUUUAGUUAAGAACCCCAAAGUCGAAGACAAGCCGGCAUUCUCUGUCUACUACUACAUCAGUCUCCGGCAUAUCAGCAUUGGCGGCCGCAGUGUGAAGAUCCCCUACAAGUAUCUGUCGCCGGAUAAAGAUGGCAACGGUGGAACCAUCAUUGACUCGGGGACGACGUUCACAUACAUGUCCAGCGAGGCCUUUGAGAUGGUGAGCAGUGAGUUCAUUUCUCAAGUGAAGCAUUAUGGAAGAGCUGUGAUGGUGGAAGAACUGAGCGGGUUAAGGCCUUGUUUCAAUGUUUCUGGAGCUAAAAAGCUGGAGCUACCGGAGGUGACCCUUCAUUUUAAGGGCGGUGCUGAUGCGGAACUGCCUUUGGAGAACUAUUUUGCGUUUGUUGGAGGCAGGGAGGUGGCUUGCUUGACUGUGGUGGCGACUGCGAGUGAUGGGGAGAGUGAGGCAAGCGGGCCAGGCAUUAUACUGGGGAAUUUUCAGAUGCAGAAUUUUCAUGUGGAGUAUGAUUUGAAGAACGAGAGGUUAGGCUUCAACAAAGAGUCUUGCAAACCAUCUCAUUAGGAUUGCUCCAUCAACCAACUCGCUCAAUCUUUCAAUAAAAUCAGCAAGCUAUCAGCUAUCUGGCAGUAUAAAAUUGUUAUUUUAUAAAUUUAUAAAUUUCAUACAAAACUUUUAAGGAUACAUUGGAUGAUUUUCCUUUUUACUUAUUUUAUAGAAAAUAUAUUUU